UCCAUGUCUAACCUCCUCCCUUUGAGUGGACCCCCUGAGGCAAACGCAAACUCUGCUGAUACUGUUUAUCUCCGCAUUCCCUGCGCGUCUAUUCGUCUCCAUCUACAGUCCGAUGCGGUUGUCUCUGGCGAAUCAUUGUGUCUUCUCAGUGGCCUCCUUGACGAUUUUCUGCUCUACGCUGGUCAAGAAGCUUCCCAGUGGCUGAUCGACCAAGCUCACGCCAUCUGCGAUCCCGCCCUCCUGCGCGGCUCGCUGUGGGUCUGGAAGGAACAACAGCACAAAUGGGGUCUUGUCGCUGGCUCCGAUGCGUUGGAGUCUUCCACUUAUUUUUACAUCCUUCCUGAUGAGACGACGACGCCCCUAUCCCGGAUCAGUGAACGGGAGGGCAAGUCGAAAACGGCUGCGUCGGGAGAUGCCGCUGUUAUGCGGGAACGUGUGCUGGCGCGGGACGGGUGCUGCUGGGUCACGGGAAGCUUUGAGCCGGUAUGUAACAGCCAUAUUUGCCCCAAGCGAAUGGGGGAUGAUGUUGCGAGGGCAAUAUUCGAGACGUUCACGGGACAACCCCGCCCCGGCCUCUCUGUUGUUGAUCCAGUAUUUGGCGUGUGCUUGUCGCUCAACAUGGACUCAUGGUUCGACAACUAUAUCAUGGGCUUCCGCUAUGUUUCCCCUGACACCUACGAGACACACAUCUUCGACAAUCAGCCUCAAUCAUUCACCGUUGGUGGCCGUUUUCGUGGAGCUACAACUCACGAACGAAUCCACCAUCACCUCGCUCGCCCGCCAGUGCCAGACCAUGCGUCGAAUCCUCCGCCUGGACUUUUCCGUUGGCAUUACAUGCAAUGCGUCGUUCACAGGUUUGGCGAUGACGAGUACAAAUCACUUGCCAAUAUUCGAUUCGCCAAUGAAAGGUAUCGGAUGGAAGGUGAUUCAGACAAUGAGGACAACGAGACCGACGACGAUGCAGAGUGGCCAUCGAAGAUGUUCGAUGUUGGACAAGCAGUCGAGGCAGAGGAAACGGAAGCCAAAGAUCGUCUUGAUGCAGUAAACAAGUGGUUGUCCUCGUAA